GCCAUGGUCUCUAGUCCUCAGACCCGUCAGACAUUCAUUAAGUCAGUUAUCAGAUUCCUCCGUCAAUAUAAGUUUGAUGGCCUCAACCUGGACUGGCAGUACCCUGGGUCUCGAGGAAGCCCUCCUAAGGACAAACACCUCUUCAGUGUUCUGGUACAGGAAAUGCGUAAAGCUUUUGAGGAAGAAUCCGUGGAGAAAGACAUUCCAAGGCUGCUACUCACUUCCACAGGAGCAGGAAUCAUAGACGUAAUCCAGUCUGGUUACAAAAUCCCUGAACUGUCUCAGUCUCUUGACUAUAUUCAGGUCAUGACAUAUGAUCUCCAUGAUUCCAAGGAUGGCUACACUGGGGAAAAUAGUCCCCUCUAUAAAUCUCCAUAUGACAUUGGAAAGAGUGCUGAUCUCAAUGUGGAUUCAAUUAUAACCUACUGGAAGGACCAUGGAGCAGCUUCUGAGAAACUCAUUAUGGGAUUUCCAGCAUAUGGGCAUACCUUUACCCUGAGUGACCCUUCUAAGAAUGGAAUAGGUGCCCCUACUGUUAGUGCUGGACCACCAGGAAAGUACACAAAUGAACAAGGACUCCUGGCUUACUUUGAGAUUUGUACAUUUCUGAAUGAAGGAGCCACUGAGAUCUUUGAUGGCACCCAGGAAGUACCCUAUGCCUAUCUGGGUAAUGAGUGGGUUGGUUAUGACAAUGUGAGGAGCUUCAAGUUGAAGGCUCAGUGGCUCAAGGACAACAAUUUAGGAGGUGCUGUGGUCUGGCCCCUGGACAUGGAUGACUUCAGUGGUUCUUUCUGUCACCAGGGACGUUUCCCUCUGACAUCUACUUUAAAGAGAGAUCUCUAUAUACACAGUGCAAGUUGCAAGGCCCCUUAUCGAGGGGAGCUUUAGACAAUGAUUUCUACUUGAAACUCUCAGAAUAAGAGCAAGUUCAACGGUUUUUCCACAAUGGAUUCUGCAUCAUGCUUCCAUGGAGAAUAAUAGAACUAACUCACGAUCUUUCCUGAAUUGAAUCCCAAAGUAGAACUAAGAUAUAUGUCUUGUCUGCUAUACCAGCAGGGAAGAAACAAAAAAAAUUAUCUUCAUCAGUCAGCUUUGGCUAAGCUCUGAACAUUUUUGCUUCCUGUAAAACCACCUUCCUUGUUUCU